UCAGUAAUAUUUUGCCCAGAAUCAUUCCCUAUUUUCAAACACGCUUUUCUUCUUCUUCCUCCUCCCCGAAAAACCCUAAUUUCACACAGACGCACGUAUACACACAGAUCUUCAUAGAUAUACACACAUAUUCCAUGGACGAUGCAGAAGGAGGUUUAAGCUUCGAUUUCGAAGGCGGCCUCGACUCGGGUCCGACCCAACCGACCGCAUCCGUACCCGUGAUCCACCAACCCGACCCGAAUUCAAUCGCCGUCGCCUCCGCUGCUAAAAAUUCCAACAAUAUCGUCCCGCAGUCGGAUGUUUCCGAUCAGCAGGCGCCGGGGAACUUUUCCGGCCGGCGGAGUUACCGGCAGACGGUGUGUCGGCAUUGGCUUCGGAGUUUGUGUAUGAAAGGAGAGGCCUGUGGGUUCUUGCACCAGUAUGAUAAGACUCGGAUGCCGAUUUGUAGGUUUUUUCGACUUUACGGAGAGUGUCGUGAGCAGGAUUGUGUGUAUAAGCACACCAAUGAGGAUAUUAAAGAGUGUAAUAUGUAUAAGUUGGGAUUUUGUCCAAAUGGUCCUGACUGCCGGUAUAGGCAUGCAAAGCUCCCUGGACCCCCUCCACCGGUGGAAGAAGUGCUUAAAAAAAUACAGCAGCUGACGUCAUACAGUUACAAUAACUCAAAUAGGUUUUAUCAGAACCAUAACCCUAAUAAUACUCAACACACUGAAAGACCUCAUGUUCCACCUGGUGCUAAUGGUGUCCAUCAAGUAAUGAAAUCAACACCAACAGAAUCAAUCAAUGUGCAGCAGCAUCAGCAGCAACAACAACAAAUCCAACAAACACAACAACCAGCUGUCCAGACUCAAACUCAGAAUCUUCCUAAUGGCCAGCAAAAUCAAGCUAGUAGAUCUGCGAUUCCCCUACCUCAAGGAAUAUCUAGGUAUUUUAUUGUCAAAAGUUGCAAUCUGGAGAAUUUUGAAUUGUCAGUUCAACAAGGAGUUUGGGCUACACAAAGGAGCAAUGAAGCUAAACUCAAUGAAGCUUUUGACUCGGUUGAAAAUGUGAUUUUAAUAUUUUCAGUAAACAGGACUCGACAUUUUCAGGGCUGUGCAAAGAUGACGUCUAAAAUAUGUGGGUCUGUUGGAGGUGGAAACUGGAAGUACGCCCACGGAACAGCCCAUUAUGGAAGGAAUUUCUCAGUCAAGUGGUUAAAGCUUUGCGAACUAUCCUUUCAUAAAACUCGCCAUUUGAGGAAUCCAUACAAUGAAAACUUACCGGUCAAGAUCAGCAGAGACUGCCAAGAGCUGGAACCCUCAGUUGGCGAGCAGUUGGCUUCCCUGCUAUAUCUUGAGCCAGACAGUGAACUGAUGGAAAUUUCAGUUGCUGCAGAAUUAAAGCGCGAGGAGGAGAAGGCCAAGGGAGUUGAUCCGGUGGACGGGACUGAAAAUCUAGAUAUUGUUCCAUUCGAGGACAAUGAAGAGGAGGAAGAGGAAGAAAGUGAUGAAGAGGAUCAGGGCUUUAGCCAAGGUAUUGCGAUGUCAGCUCAAGGAAGAGGUAGGGGGAGGGGAAUGAUGUGGCCUCCUCACAUGCCUGUAGCACGAGGUGGCAGGCCAAUGCCUGGAGUGCGUGGCUUUCCCCCUGUUAUGAUGGGUCCUGAUGGAUUUCCUUAUGGCCCAUUGGGACCUGAUGGUUUUCCCGUGCCAGAUCUUUUUAAUAUGGGGCCUCGUGGUUUUGGUCCAUAUGGCCCUAGAUUCUCUGGUGAUUUUGCUGGACCUGGAGGCAUGAUGUUUCGAGGUCGACCUUUUCCGCCUGGAAGCUUUCCUGGCGGUGGCUUUGGGAUGAUGGGCCCCGGAAGAACUCCUUUCAUGGGAGGUGGUUCUGGAGGUCGUCCUAGUGGUGUGCACCCAAUGUAUCCGCCAGCUCAAUUACAGCCUUCUCUGACCACAAACAAGGGUAAGAGGGAUCAGAAGGCAACAGUAAAUGAUAGGAGUGACAGAUAUAGUGCAGGGUGUGAUCAAGGCAAGGGCGUAGAAUUGUUAAACUCAGGUGGUGGGCAGGAUGAUGAGGUACAGUAUCAGCAUAGAAUGAAUCCCCAACAAGAAGAUCAUAACGGUGCUGGAAACAGCUACAAACAUGAUGAUAGUGCUAGUGAGGAUGAGGCACCUAGGAGGUCAAGACAUGGGGAAGGAAGGAAGAAGAGACGAAGCACUGAACGAGACGAGACCACAGCUUCCGGAAACCAGGAGUAAAGAAUAACACAUCAAGCUGUAAUAGAUACUGGUGUUUGGUGAUUGAUCGAAUCUCAUAAGAGCUGCAACUGAUUAUAUUGGGAACAUCGUGACGUGUGUUAGAAUUUUGAUGCCAAAUUGCUAAAAUUAUGUCAAGAUUUCUUUGUUUCAUCUUAUGGUGGAAUGAUAUAGUAUACUUUGUAUACUCAUGUGAUAUGAAAUUUGAUUAAACUAGGAAUAGGCGUUAGGACAUUUUACUUGCUUGGUUGCCUGGACU